ACUAAAUUGGAAUCAUCGGGUCUCUCUCCCACACUAUGAAUAACCCCUAAGGCAUAUCGACCUAAGAGCACCUCUUCCUGCACAUCCAUUCAAAAUCAAUCGAGUAGACGGGUCGAUAUCCUACGAGGUACCCUCCGAAAACCAUGGGGAAGUCUGUCUCCUUCAAACUCGCAUUCUCGUCAUCGUCACUGCUUCUACUAGUACUCCUGACCGUUACUGUCGCAUGCAUGGCGAGGCCAGGUGAGUCAAGAACGAGUCCCUCGGUGAAGGCGGAUCAGGGGAAUCUCGAAGAUGCCAACAUUACUGGUUUUCUGCUGCCUUCCACCUGCAAAACUGAUAACGGCUGUGGUGGAUGCCAAGAUUAUUGCCGUUCCAAGAGUCCUGGUUUUUCCUAUCAAUGCAAUGUUAAGGAUGGAUGGUGCUGUUGCAGUGACCUGUGAUCGAAUAUGUAUGCCCGAUUUCACCUCUACCAGUUUAGAACACAGCCUCAUGCACAGCCUGUGGCCUCUCAUUGCCAAGUGGAAGUGGUUUGACUACUUGGGAAUCAUCUUAUCUUCAUUUUGCAAAGAAAGUCGAGUUCAGAAC